CCACUCUGGCGCUGCGAGUCCACAAUCCAGAAGAAAUUUGAGAAAUGGCAGCGAUAACUCGACUGCAGCAAAUGCAAUUCCUCCACUCUCCUCUCACCCUCAAGCCUUCCGUACUCUUCCCCAAGCCCUACCCCAACCAACUCCGCCGCUCAUGCCCCCGCACUUUCUCCACCGCUCCUAUCCUCUGCUCCUCCAACUCCCCUCAUCUCCCUCAGAGCUCGGUUUCUGCAGCGGGAGCGAAUGCCUCAAUCGUUGGGGGUCUGCUCGAUUAUCUCAACGAGUCUUGGACUCACUUUCAUGCUACCGCUGAAGCGAAAAGACAGCUAAUUGCUACUGGUUUUCAAUUGCUGAGUGAGAAUGAUGAGUGGGACCUGAAGCCUGGUGGACGCUACUUCUUUACACGGAAUAUGUCUUGUUUGGUUGCAUUUGCUGUUGGAGAGAAGUAUAGUGUUGGUAAUGGUUUCCAUGUGAUUGCUGCACACACAGACAGUCCGUGUCUAAAAUUAAAGCCAAGAUCUGCAUCAUCCAAGUCUGGUUAUCAAAUGAUCAAUGUGCAGACAUAUGGAGGUGGUCUCUGGCAUACUUGGUUUGAUAGAGACCUAAGUGUGGCAGGCAGGGUGAUAUUGAGAGGCAGCACAGGCUCCUUUUUGCAUAAGCUUGUCAAAGUGAACCGACCUCUGUUACGAAUACCGACACUGGCCAUUCACCUUGACAGCACAGUAAACAAGGAUGGAUUUAAACCGAAUGUAGAGACCCAACUUAUUCCUUUACUGGCAUCCAAACUAGAAGAAGCAUCUCUGGAGACAAAAGAGAAAAGUGCCACAACAUCUUCGAAAGCUGAUCAUCAUCCAUUGCUCAUGCAGGUUUUAUCAGAUGAGAUCCAUUGUAAAAUCGACGACAUAGUGAGUUUGGAGUUGAAUAUUUGUGAUACCCAACCAAGCUGCCUUGGAGGUGGAAACAAUGAAUUUAUUUUUUCAGGAAGAUUAGAUAAUCUUGCCUCAAGUUAUUGUUCAUUAAGGGCUCUCAUUGAUUCGUGUGAGUCACCUGGUGAUUUAGCAAGUGAACAUGCGGUACGAAUGGUUGCCUUAUUUGACAAUGAAGAGGUUGGUUCAGGUUCAAUUCAGGGGGCUGGUGCACCAACCAUGUUUCAGGCUAUGAGACGUAUAAUUAGUUGCUUAGCUGACAAGUAUGUUGGCGAAGGUGUUUUUGAGCGUGCAAUUCGCCAAUCAUUUCUUGUGUCUGCAGACAUGGCUCAUGGAGUACACCCAAAUUUCAUCGACAAGCAUGAAGAACACCAUCGGCCACAAAUGCAAAAAGGUCUAGUUAUCAAGCAUAAUGCAAACCAGCGCUAUGCUACUAGUGGAGUCACAUCUUUCAUUUUCAAAGAAAUUGGCAAAAUCCAUAACCUUCCAACCCAGGAAUUUGUGGUGAGAAACGAUAUGGGAUGUGGAUCUACCAUAGGUCCCAUACUAGCUUCGGGGGCUGGCAUUCGUACUGUUGAUUGUGGCAUUCCUCAGCUUUCUAUGCACAGUGUGAGAGAGAUUUGUGGGAAGGAAGACAUAGAUAUUGCGUACAAGUACUUCAAGGCGUUCUACGAAACUUUCUCAAGCAUAGACAAGGAGCUGGAUGUAGAUUCGUAACAAGAACUGCAACAGUUCGCGCAGGAUGGGGGGAUUAUUUCUGCUAGGAAAAUAUGUGUGCCCGGCUAACCCUUAUUGAAACUGGUGGAAUCUGAGGAAGCAGAAGUAACAUGAACGUCAGAAUUCGGGCUUGGUUUUGAGUUGCCUCUAGAGAGUUUUUGCUUGAGCUCCGAUAACAAAGCCUGAUUCUCUUGGUUGAGCACUUGAGCUUUCUUCCUUAGCAUUUGAUUUUGUUGGAUUAUGUGACAGUUUUGCACAUACAUCUGCGAGUUGAGCUUCUCCAUACCGAUUUGCGCCUAUUGCCCCUGAAAUAAUGAAACAGAUUAGUAAUGUCGAGUAUAUAUGGUAUACAAAUGAUGCUAUACUUUUCGGUUUGUCAUCACAAAUAGAUAAUAAAGAUGAUCUCGGCUGGGAGCAGAAGAAAUAAACUUGUCGGAAACAGGGUGAUGCAAAACGAACCUUGUUUUCUUUAAUGCAGAGUAUCAAAAGAGGGAAGAGAUGUAGAUUCUAAUUUGUAUUCGAGUAUAAAUACUGUAGUUUUGUGUACGGGGACAAAACAAGCACCCCAAACCCAUGCGAAUAACUUGCCAAGAAGCAACACCCAUCUGCAAAGCUCACCUUUGUCUGCCUUUUUCGUGUAUAUGAACUUGAUUUUAACGUACUUUAACUGAUC